AUGGCGAGGCCCAGUCUCAAGCGAGGUGCCGGCCAUCUGACAGUCCCGACAGUUGAACCAAAGAAGCCAAAGGCCGAUGGAGAUAUCACAUCAUUUUUUGGAGCCCCCAGGCCAAAAUCGACAAGGGCAGCGACAGCCAACCAAGUGCCUCCUGCGCAGGUCUCCCCAAAGUUCAAUAAACCGAAAUGGGUGGCUACAUUGACACCGGAGCAGAAAGAGCUUCUACAGCUAGAGAUUGACACAAUGGACGAGAGUUGGCUGGCUCAUUUGAAAGAAGAGAUUGUCAGGCCUGAAUUUCUGGCGCUUAAACGCUUCCUCCAGAAAGAAAAGCAGUCGGGGGCAAAAAUCUUCCCACCUGAGGAAGAUGUCUAUUCAUGGUCUCGCCAUACGCCCCUUCACAAAGUUAAGGUGGUCAUCGUGGGCCAGGACCCAUAUCAUAACCACAACCAAGCACAUGGCCUUGCAUUUUCAGUCCGUCCUCCAACCCCGGCGCCGCCGUCCCUCGUCAAUAUCUACAAUGCGAUCAAGAACGAUUAUCCGUCAUUCCUGUCGCCUCCGAAUAAAGGGGGCCUGCUUAUACCGUGGGCAGAGCGUGGUGUCUUGCUUCUGAACACCUGCUUAACUGUUCGGGCGCACCAGGCUGCGAGCCACUCGAAUAAGGGCUGGGAGCGGUUGACGCAGAAAGCUAUCGACGUUGUCAACCGUGUUCGAACUCGGGGGGUAGUCUUUCUUGCAUGGGGAAAUCCUGCGGGAAAGCGUAUCACUGGCGUCAACCACGAUAGGCACUACAUCUUGCAGUCUUGUCAUCCGAGCCCAUUGAGUGCUCAUAGAGGUGGAUUUUUGCAUAAUCAGCAUUUUAAAAAAUGCAACGAAUGGCUUGCUGUGCGAUACGGUCCUGAUGAGAUCAUUGAUUGGAGUCUGGUACCGCAAAGAGAAACCUCAACGACCCCUCUCGCAGUGGUUCACAAAUCCCCUGUUCCCAAUGAUCAGCCAACGCAGCAGCAAGUAUUAACCAAAGCGACAAAUCAACGAAUCGUUGCAGCUAAGUUGAGCAAGCCUGUGUCAGAAGAAGGCGAGUUUGAAGAAGAUCUAGAUGCCCUCGAAGCCCUCGCAGCUUCCGAAGCAUCUAUCAAACCCUAA